AUGGGUAUUCAAGGGCUGGAGGCGGUAGAAGCGGGUAUAACAGGCCUGAGUGCUAGAGGUAUCAUAAUUCCACUUCAAACCAUACCAUAUGAUGGCAAGAAAGAUGUAUCUUUUCAACAAGCAUGA